AUGAACAACCCUCGACCUCCAGGUGCUUCUUCCAUACCAGUCACAUUAUUGGAACGUGCAGAGAUAUUCCGUGAACUUUUAACAGCAUAUUGCAGGCUUAAAUUCUAUGUACGCGAAAUCAAAGGUGGAUAUAGAACAGGUGGAUAUAGAACAGACAGAUCUUUAUCAACAGGCGACUAUUAUUAUGUUAACGUGAAAACCAAGGUUGAACUUGGUUCAGUUUGUUUCUAUUUUGCUGUAGCAUGUCUGAAAAAAGCUCACAUAGACUCAUUAACUCCCACGUUGCUCCUUGCUUGGAAUCCUUAUGAGAAAGAAUGA